AUGGAAAGAGUCCCAUAUGCUUUCGCUGUUGGCAGUUUAAUGUAUGCUCAAGUUUGUACUUGUCACGAUAUUGCAUAUGCAGUUAAUGUUUUAGGGAGAUACUUAAGUAACCCAGUAUUGGGUCAUUGGAAAGCCGUUAAAAAGGUCAUGCGAUAUUUGCAGGAAACCAAGAAUUACAUGUUGACCUAUAAGAAGUUUGGUCAACUUCAAGUCAUUGGUUAUUCUGAUUCUGAUUUUGCAGGUUGCCCUGACGACCGAAAAUCUACUUUCGGCUUAAUUUUUAUGAUGGUAGGAGGAGCUAUUUCGUGGAAGAGUGUUAAACAGACUCUUACGGCUACCUCAACCAUGGAGGCAGAAUAUGUAGCUUGCUAUGAAGCUACUUGUCAAGCUAUGUGGCUGAAGAACUUAAUCUCUCGCUUCAAAGUUGUUGAAAGCAUAUCCAGACCACUUGUGAUAUAUUGCGAUAAUUUUGCUACUGUACAUUUAUCUUAG